CCUCAGCUACCCCCACAAGUGGUCGCCGCAUUAGAACAGGAUAAUCUCGGGCCUAAGACUCUUGCACUUGUGUAUUCGUUCACCUUCCUAGCCCUCAUAAGUGUGGCACUGCGCUUCUUUUCGCGGAUCAAGCUCACUAAAAUCGUCGGUUGGGAGGACUACUUCAUUGCUAUAUCAAUGGUCUUUAGCAUCCUCGCGGGUGUCUGUCAAAUCAAGCAGGUGCAGGCAGGCGCUGGCAAGCACACAGUGCUCGUCCCUUUACCUAAAAUCAUCGAAAGCUUGAAAUAUCUCUACUUUAGCAUCCUCGCCUACGCAGCAGGAUCCCUCUUCACCAAAGUGUCGAUCUGUCAGCAAUACAAGCGUAUUUUCGGUGUCGCGGACAGCAAGCUUCCCAUCUACAUUGUCAUGGCCCUUUGCGUUGGAGCGGCUACUUCAGCAUUCUUCACCUUUGCAUUCUCUUGCAUACCAGUUGAGGCGUUCUGGGAUCUGACGCUAAAGCCGACGUCAAGAUGCAUCAAUGAUAACGCAGCUCGCUUCGCCCACAGCUUCUUGAAUAUGAUCACCGAUUUGAUGGUCGCCAUGCUCCCCGUUCCAGCAAUCUGGCGUCUCCAACUCGUGCGCCGCCAGAAAAUCGCACUCGUAUGCCUCCUUUGUGUAGGCUGGAUUGUGUGCAUCAUCUCCGCCUUGCGCAUCCAAUCGCUCUUCGUCUUCUUCCGCCAUCCCAAAGAUCCCCUCUACUACGCCGCCCCACCUAUCUAUUGGGCCAGCAUCGAACAGAACCUCUCCAUCGUCUGCGCAUGCGUACCGGCUAUGAAGCCGCUCGUCGUACGACUCGUGCCCGCGUUUACAUCU